GUUUUCCGGGAACUGAAACUAAUAGCAAAGCGAAUUCUCCGAAGCUUUAUUCAGCACAAAAGAAAACGAUCUUUUUCUUUCAUGAAAUUCAGCAUCUUGUAAACCAGUCUUCUUUACAAUGGCUUCAUCUGAUUCCGGGAAUCAAGCUUCUCCAAUGAAGACUAGUCAAGACAAAAACGGAAACGAAAGCCUUGAAGACCUCAUAAGCAAAUGGAAGAGAGAGAAAGACUACACUUAUCAAAAACUAGCCGAUUGUCGUACCGGAGUGGAUGAAAUGGUACAGUCCCUUGAAAAGUACCCCUCAGGAAUUACAUGGACACAGAUUCGAAAAAGAUUUUYCCGUCAAGAAUCAAGUGAUGCAAAAGCUUUAGAAUAUGAAUUUGUGGUCAAACCGGCAAACAAAAAUCGAAGAAUAGAAAAUCAAAUCAAAGAAUAUAUCGAACAGGAUAUCGACAAAAAGAAAUUCAAAAUAAAGAUCGACUUCAACUGGGAACAAAGAAAACCAAACGUUCCUUUGGUUGUAUUCUGCAAUUACUCAUCAAGGAUUGGAUCAGAUGUAGAGUACGCUUUGAGAGAUGUUGAUGAUCCUCAAGUCAUUCUGGUCGUACUCCAUCUGUGUAGAAAAGCGUUGAUUGGRGGACAGAAUCUGUACGAUACGGAUUACCUUUUAUCAGAUGAUUUAAAGGGUCGAGUUGCAUUUAUAGCGCACUUCGCUUUUGAUGAUGUCGUCUAUGAUUGUCACCAGAAUCAACAAGCAAGAUGGCACAUAUGCAAAGAGYUGAGCCAAAAGUAGAAUAACUAGUCAUCGGCUUUAGCUCGACGUUUUAUACUCUUGUCAGUAUAAUUAAUUUUAGUUUAGGUUUUUGUCUGGUAUAAGACUUAAAAGAUCUUUAUKUAAAGUUUUUCAUCAUUGACAUUGUAUUGAUUCAUGAGACUUAAUUAAAUACAAAUAAACUAAUUAAC